UGUCAUGCUCGGUGCUGGGCGAAGGGCGGACCGCGUGUAGCGCGUGAGCGUCCGGUGAUUGGCCAUCACUGGCGCACAGCGAGAGACGCGUGGUGAUGCGGGAGCGAACGGGAACGGCACCGCUGCUGCAAUCUCAAGCCUGCUCGAACACGCGGGUGAUAACCUUCAUCAGAGCUCGCACCAGCGCCUGCUCUCGAUUCUGGAUCUUAAAACGCAUUUAAGGAAUGUAUUAUGGAUUACAAUGCGUCUGGAUAUUUUUGCCCUGUUUAAGUUGAGGACCUGAGGAGCCGUAGCUAUCCCCGAGACGUGAUCCAGAGGACGCCAUGAGGAGCACGCUGGUCUUUGCACAGAUGAGAGUCAGCAUCAAGGAACCAGGCUCACUGAGCCUGCCCAACACGGCCUGUGUUCUCUAAACACGUGCAAAUAAACAGAUAAAUAAACAUAGAAAUAUUAGUAUAUAUAUAUAUAUUAGUAAACACCCUCUGAAGAUACGCCUCAGCACAGCUGACAUAACACUUCCUGUAUCCCCCCUGCGGUUCCUACCUUGUGGGAGUGGGAGAGAGGUUCCCCCUUAGCCUUGCAGGAAGCUGGAGAAUUGAAAUCUCCUCGGUCUCUCUUUUGGAAGGAUUUUGUCAUCUUGUGGAAGGCCUUCCUGCUGUCAACACACACUAACACACAAAUACACACAUACAUACACAUUCACACAGACACACAUCUUUGAGGUCCAAACCUUUGAGGUGCGGUUAUACACUUUUGGAUAUACUUUGGAAUAUACCAAUCCCAUGAGCCUAAGGGUGAAGUCAAUGGUUCCUCGCUGCCGUUGCGGAUUAUAACCCUGCCCUUCCUGCCCAUUUCUCUCACCAUGGGUCCCCUCGUCGCUCCCCUGAAGCGGCAGCUCCUGCUGGUUGCUCUGCUGGGCGCCUGCCUGGGCCUGGAGUUCACGGGGGAGCCCGGCCAGUGGGCGCGCUUCCUUCGCUGGGACGCCAGCACCCGCAGCGAGCUCAGCUUCCAGUUCAAGACCAACGCCUCCACGGCACUGCUGCUCUACUUCGACGACGGCGGCUACUGCGAUUUCCUGCAGCUGAUGGUGGUGGAGGGCAAGCUGCAGCUGCAGUUCAGCAUCGACUGCGCCGAGACCACCGUGGUGUCGGACCGCCGCGUCAACGACAGCAGCUGGCACCUGGCCACGCUCAGCCGCUACAACCUGCGCACCGCGCUGGGCCUGGACGGGAUGGUGAAGGCCGACGAAGUGCGCCCGCUGCGCCAGUACAUGAAGAUCGUCAGCGACCUCUUCCUGGGCGGCGUGCCGCAGGACAUCAGGCCCGCGGCCCUCACGCUGCCCACCGUCAAAGACCUGCCGCCCUUUAGGGGCCUGGUCACUGACCUGAAGUAUGGCAGCAAAGUGCCCACGCUGCUCAGCAGUCAGAAGGUGCGGCUGGACAUGGAGGGCAUCUGCACCGUCAACCCCUGCGAGAACGGAGGGAGCUGUUCCGUCGUGGAUGGGAAGCCGCUAUGCGAUUGUUCCAAGACGGAAUACAUUGGCCGGUUCUGCAAUGAAGAGGUCAACACCAUUCCAGGUUUCGCCCACAUGAUGAUGGCAGAACAAGCCAAAAGCAAAGCGAGAGAAGAGAACGUGGCCACCUUCCGCGGCUCGGAGUAUUUCUGCUACGACCUCUCACAGAACCCUAUCCAGAGCAGCAGCGACGAGAUCACCCUCUCCUUCAAGACUUGGCAGCGCAACGGACUUAUCCUGCACACAGGCAAGUCGGCCGACUACGUCAACUUGGCCCUGAAGGACGGCGCCGUGUCGCUUGUCAUCAACCUGGGCUCCGGAGCCUUUGAGGCCAUCGUGGAACCUGUCAACGGCAAAUUCAACGACAACAGCUGGCACGACGUCAAGGUCACUCGCAACCUGCGACAGCAUUCAGGCAUUGGACACGCUAUGGUGACGAUAUCUGUGGACGGUAUCCUCACAACAACAGGAUACACACAGGAGGACUACACCAUGCUCGGCUCCGAUGAUUUCUUUUACGUGGGAGGAAGCCCCAGCACGGCCGACCUGCCUGGAUCGCCCGUCAGCAACAACUUCAUGGGCUGCUUGAAGGAGGUUGUCUACAAAAACAAUGACAUCCGGCUCGAGUUGUCCCGCUUGGCUCGGAUCGCCGACCCCAAAAUGAAGAUCCAAGGUGACGCCAACUUUAAGUGCGAGAACGUGGCCACCCUGGACCCCAUCUCCUUUGAGACGCCAGAGGCCUACAUCAGCCUGCCUAAGUGGAACACCAAACGCAUGGGCUCCAUCUCCUUCGACUUCCGCACCACCGAGCCCAACGGUCUCAUCCUCUUCACCCAUGGGAAGCCCCAGGACCGCAAGGAUGCCCGCCAGAAGAACACCAAGGUGGACUUCUUCGCCGUGGAGCUCCUGGACGGAAGCCUGUACCUGCUGUUGGACAUGGGCUCGGGGACCAUUAAGGUGAAGGCCACCCAGAGCAAGGUGAACGACGGAACCUGGUACCACGUGGACAUCCAACGGGAUGGACGUGCAGGAACCAUAUCGGUGAACAGCCGGCGCACCCCCUUCACUGCCAGCGGCGAGAGUGAGAUUCUCGACCUGGAGGGAGAGAUGUACCUGGGUGGGCUUCCUGAGAGCCGGGCCGGGCUCAUCCUGCCCACCGAGCUCUGGACUGCCAUGCUCAACUACGGCUACGUGGGCUGCAUCCGAGACCUGUUCAUCGACGGGCGCAGCAAGGACAUCAGGCAGAUCGCUGAGGCGCAGAACGGCGCCGGCAUCAAGCCCUCGUGCAAUCGGCUCGCGGGGAAGCAGUGCGAGAGCUACCCGUGCAAGAACAAGGGCGUGUGCAAGGAAGGAUGGAACCGCUUCAUCUGUGACUGCACCGGCACCGGCUACUGGGCUCGCACCUGCGAGAGAGAGGCGUCCAUCUUGAGCUUCGACGGCAGCAUGCACAUGAAGGUGGUGAUGCCGUCAGUGAUGCACACAGAGGCGGAGGAUGUGUCGCUGCGCUUCAUGUCGCAGCGGGCCUACGGCCUGCUUAUGGCCACCACCUCCCGCGACUCCGCAGACACCCUCCGCCUCGAGCUGGACGGCAGCCGCGUCAAGCUCACGGUCAACUUAGACUGUAUCAGGAUAAACUGUAACUCCAGCAAGGGACCAGAGACCCUGUUUGCCGGCCAAAAGCUCAAUGACAAUGAGUGGCAUACAGUACGCGUGAUCCGGAGGGGUAAAAGCUACAAGCUCUGGGUUGACGAUGACGUAGCCGAAGGUCAGAUGGCGGGCGACCACACGCGCCUGGAGUUCCACAACAUUGAGACGGGCGUGAUGACAGAGCGGCGCUUUGUCUCCAUCAUCCCGUCCAGCUUCAUCGGGCACCUGCAGAGCCUCAAGUUCAAUGGCCUGCUCUACAUUGACCUGUGCAAGAAUGGCGACAUCGACUUCUGCGAGCUCAACGCCCGCUUCGGCAUGCGAUCCAUCAUCGCCGACCCUGUGACCUUCAAGACCAAGACCAGCUACCUGAGCCUGCCCACCCUGCAGGCCUACGCCUCCAUGCACCUCUUCUUCCAGUUCAAAACCACCUCGCCCGACGGCUUCAUCCUCUUCAACAGUGGAGACGGCAAUGACUUCAUAGCAGUGGAGUUGGUGAAAGGGUACGUCCAUUAUGUGUUUGACCUUGGAAAUGGCCCCAAUGUCAUCAAGGGCAACAGUGACAGGGUCCUCCACGACAACCAGUGGCACAACGUGGUCAUCACCCGUGACAACAACAAUAUCCACACUCUGAAGGUCGAUGCCAAGGCCGUGAGUCAAGCAGUCAACGGUGCCAAAAACCUGGACCUGAAAGGUGACCUCUUUAUCGCUGGCCUGGGGCCCGGCAUGUACAGCAGCCUGCCCAAGCUGGUGGCCUCUCGGGACGGCUUCAAAGGCUGUCUGGCAUCAGUGGACCUGAACGGGCGGCUCCCCGACCUGAUUAACGACGCGCUGUUCCGCAGUGGGCAGAUCGAGCGCGGAUGCGAAGCAUCCACCAGUGAACUUGGUUUCACCAAAGCAGACCUACAAGGCCCCAGCACCACGUGCCAGGAGGACUCCUGCGCCAACAUGGGCAUCUGCAUCCAGCAGUGGGAGAACUACACCUGCGACUGCUCCAUGACGUCCUACACUGGCACAAACUGCAAUGACCCUGGAACCACAUACAUCUUUGGAAGAGGAGGAGGCCUGAUCAUGUUCGCCUGGCCAGCCAAUGAGAGGCCCAGCACGCGCACAGACAGACUGACAGUGGGGUUCAGCACGUCGCUGAAAGAUGGCAUCCUGGUGCGCAUAGACAGCGCAGAGGGGCUUGGAGACUACAUCAUGCUCCACAUUGAACGAGGGAAAAUUGGAGUCACGUUCAACAUUGGGAUGGCUGAUAUUCUGGUGCAGGAGAGCAGCAUCCCUGUCAAUGAUGGCAAGUACCAUGUAGUAAGGUUCAUCAGGAACGGGGGGAACGCAACGCUCCAGGUGGACAACUGGGCUAUCAAUGAACACUUUCCCGCAGGCAACAGCGAUAAUGAACGUCUGCAAAUGGUAAAUAAGAAAAUCCCAUUCAAAAUUCAGAGAAAUGUAGAGGAGUGGCUGCAAGAGAAAGGCCGGCAGCUAACAAUAUUUAACACCCAGGCCACCAUCUCGAUUGGCGGCUCUGACCGCAGGCGGCCCUUCCAGGGCCAGCUCUCUGGGCUCUACUACAACGGCCUGAAAGUGCUCAACAUGGCCGCCAUAGGGAACCCCAACAUCCGGAUCAAUGGCAGCGUGCGCCUAGUGGGGGAUGCAGGGGCACCCCGCACUACCGCCCUCCCGCCUGAGAUGUCUACCACCUUCAUCGAGACCACCACAACCAUGUCCACCACCACCACCCGGAAGCAUCGCAGCCCUCCAACCAUACAGGUUCUGAAGGAGAAAGAUAAGCUCAAGCAGACCCCGGACGACAUUGUGUCAUCAGCAGAAUGUUCCAGCGAUGACGAGGACCUGGAGGAGUGCGACUCAGGCCAUGCAGGUGGGCUAGGAGAAUUCAGUAUCCCAGUACUUGUUGAGGAUCCCCUAGAGUUCCCUCCCUUAGUUACUCGUGCACCCUCCAUCCCUCCCCCCCCAACCCUCCGCCCCUUCCCCACCAUUACUGAGACCACCAAAGAGUACCUGUCCAUGACAACGGAGGCGGGGGUACCUUGCUUGUCGGACGGAGGCAGCGAUGAUUGUGGUGAUGGCUUGGUGAUAUCUGGGUAUGGCUCGGGGGAAUCAUACGACUCUAAACUCCCCCCUACUGAUGAUGAAGAUUUUUACACCACCUUCUCCUUGGUAACAGAUAAGACCUUGUCCACGUCGGCCUUUGAAGGUGGCUACAAAGUUCACGCACCUAAGUGGGAAGCCAAGGACUUUAAACCUAAGAAAGCCUUCGAAUCUGGUAGGACUACUACUACUACUGAGCUGAGUCGUGGCGCAGGUGCGCCGGAGCCCCCUCCUCCCGAAAAGCGACCCAAGCUGCCCGCGGGCAAAAUGAAUAACCGAGAGCUUAAGCCCCAGCCAGACAUAGUCUUGCUUCCGUUGCCCACGUCCUAUGAGGUAGACAGCACCAAGCUGAAGAGCUCGCUAAUAACCACCCCCAUGUUCCGUAAUGUACCCACAGCAAUCCCCACGGAGCCGGGCGUGAGGAGGGUUCCGGGGCCCUCCGAGGUGGUCCGUGAAUCUGGCAGCACCACAGGGAUGGUCGUCGGGAUAGUUGCUGCUGCCGCAUUAUGCAUCCUUAUACUCCUGUAUGCCAUGUACAAGUACAGAAACAGGGACGAAGGAUCUUACCAGGUGGACGAGACGAGAAACUACAUAACUAACUCAGCACAGUCGAAUGGAGCCGUCAUGAAGGACAAACAGUCGAGUUCGAAAAGCAGCAACAAGAAACAGAAAAACAAGGACAAGGAAUAUUAUGUGUGAAUGGCAAGUGUCGCGCACGAAAGAGAGAGAGAGAAACAGAGCAAAGACAUUUUAAAACAAAAUUAUCCUAUCGGGAGUUGCAAUUUCAAGAAGGGAAAGAUGUUUCUGCCUGAGCUGUGCUGAGACGUUGAACUCUGACAUGUACUGUAAUAUAAAGCACACUUACUAUUGUAAGCAUACCAAGAUGGUAAAUAGAAACAUUAGUGACCUUAUUCUUCUAUAUGGUCGAAGACGUUAUCAGUGUAGAAUAUUUCACGGCUACAUCAUAAUCCUAAGUGACUUUUAGAGGUAUGUGAUCCAUGGCGUAAAUCUUGUUUUGUAAUCCUGUACAAAAAAAGGAGAAAAAUGAUUUCGGCCAUUUCAAGCAUGUAAGCGACACAUAGUGCUGGCAGUUUUACAAGGGUGGGAGGAAAAAAAGACAGUAACAAGGACUCCUGCCAAAAAAAAAAAAAUCUAAUGAAUCUUUGUAUUGUUUAUACAUUAUAUGUGAUGUCUGAUAUUAUUUUUUUGCUCUCUGCAAAAAUAAGAGAAAAAUGUAUUCAAUGAAACCAAGUAAGAAAACCGCUAAGGACAAAUUAGUGAAACACUGUCACCUAAAAGAGAUUCUUUUAAUUGUAUGACGACUGUGACUUUGGCCGUGUUGAUGGAGAGAACUGGUUGGUCUCUCUCUUGUCUCAAUAAAGCGACUGAUUGUAAUGCAUGUCAUCUCUAAGCUACAGUAUACCGUGUUCAACUCGUCUUGAACAGAUCCGCCAGGCCAAAACAGUGAAUCAUCAGAUAACUCUUUCUCCCUCCAAGUGACAACAAGAGAGAGAGAAAAAAAAAAAGAAAAAGUCCCUGGAAAAUAUAUUUUUAUUUGCUACCAGUGCUGGUCCUUUUUCAGUCGUAUGUGUGUUGGUCCAUUUUAUCUUGUUCUCUUUUUUAUGGAGCUGUAUGGUGGAGGCCUGGUACAGUACUAUAACACUGUUAAGGAUGUCUAUACAGAAAUAAAUCCAAUGUGAAAAGUGUGAAUUCUA